AUGAGAUUCAUUUGGUUAGCUUGUAUAUUCAUUCAAUUGGUUCAUGCCAAUUAUGGAUUUGAAGAAUGGAGUAACAAUGAUUUAAGACAAUUCUUACAAGACAACAAAAUUAAACAAGAUCCUAAAUGGGAUAAUGCAAAGUUGAUUGAAGUUGCCAAUAUUGAAGCUAAGAAGUUAGAAAACGGAUAUAAUAAAUUGAAAAGUGAAUUGGAUAAACAGUUGAAACCCAAAAGACACAAUUUGGAGGAUUAUUUAAGUUUUAGCUAUUUAUUUGGCUCUUCAAAUGACAAAAAGCCAAUUCUGGAUUGGUUUUUUGAAAGUUGGGAUUUUGAUUCAUUAACCAGGUUUUUAAAACAUCAUGGUAUUAAAGUUGAUGAAAAGGCAAACAAGAGUGACUUGUUGAAAACCCUCAAGAGUAAAUUCAGUUCCAUUGCUAAAAAAAAUAAAGGAUCCAAUUUUUACCCUGGUGACUGGUUAUACGAUUCAUGGUCAGAAGAUGAUUUGAAAAAUUGGUUAAAUAAUUUUAAAAUUGAAUUUGAUAAAGGUUCUUCAAAGAGUAGCUUGGUUGAAAAAGUGAAGGAGUACAAUUACAAAGCUACAAACGAUAUAAUUGAUACCAAGGAUGCAUUAUUUGAUUCAUUGGAUUUAUUUGAUAAGUCUAUUUUUGAUAAAGGUGGACAAAUUAGAGAUGAAUUUUUUGAAUCUUGGUCUUAUUCACAAUUACGUGAAUGGUUAUAUUUGCAUGGUUUCAUCAACACUAAACCUGAUGUAUGGGUUGGCGAUUUAGAUAAGGAGACUUUAAUUAAAAAGGCUCAAAGCUACAAGAGUUAUCUUCUUGAUGAUAUCCAAACUUGGUUAAAACAUUCUGAGAAAAAGAGUGAACCUUGGUUAUCUAAAGGUGAGCUGGGUAAAGGUGGUAGGGGAGCCAAAAACUUGAUCAAUGAUACCUUCUUUGUUGGUAUUGAAAAUUGGUCCAAAGAUAAAUUGCGUGAAUUUUUAAAUGUACGUAAAGUACCAUAUUCCAUCUUCACUACAAGAAAACAAUUAGUUGAAUUGGUUAAAGAACAUAGAGGUGAUCCAAUUCAUGUUGAAGCUGAUGCUUAUAUUAUUGAUAAUGAUAUCUCAACCAAUUCAAUUAAAGAAUGGUUACGUGAACAGGGCCAAAAUGUUGAUGGAUCAAGACAAGAUUUGAUCACUGCGUUCCAAAAACAAUUCAAAAGUCAUGGAUCUGGUAAAGAAAAUAUUGAUUCACAAAUUAGAUUAUAUAAACCAGAUUUGGAAAGUUUUAAGCAUUACUUGACGAGAAAUGUUGUUGAAGCUGAAUCUAUUGGUGAAGAGAAAUUGAAAAAAGCAUUUAUCGUUGUUGAAGAAUAUUUCCAAAAAGCAACUGAAGUUGCUCGUGAUGAAUUGAAACUGGCUGAAUAUUCAGUUGAAGAAGCUUUGCAAGAAAUUCAAACCGAGAGUUAUGAAUACGCUGCUAAAUUUUUGGAUGAAAUCAAUGAAGAUGAAGAAAAAUUCUCUAAUUUAGUUUAUGAUGCUAAGUUAGCUAGUAAUCAGUAUGCAAGAUCAACUAUUGGAUCAUUGAUCAAAGAUUGGAAAAAGAUUCAACAAACAUUGCUUGGCAAGCAAAGCAAGUCCUCGUCUUCUUGGUUCCAAAAAGGUCAAAAGGAAGUCAAUAAUGGUGGACAAGCAGUAUUGGACAACGCAAACGAUCAAUAUCAAGCAUUGGCUAAGAAGUACGAUGAAUAUUCUCAACAUGCAAAAGAUUUAUAUGAUGAGUAUUUGAGCAGUGUUGACGAUUCAGUUGAUGAUUUGACCAAGAAAGCAGGUAAACAGUAUGAAGAUUUAGCUAAGGAUGCCAAUUACAAGUAUGACCAAUAUAAGAAGCUUUACAAUAAGCAAUCUGAUGCUGUUGCUGAAGCUGCUGGUAAGAAUUAUGAACGUGCUGUUGAAGAAGCCAAUAAGCAAUAUGAUGCAUAUUCCAAAUUGGUUAGUGAUAAUUUGGAAAAUUUACUUGGAAAUGCCGGUAAGCUGUAUGAAUCAGCAGCGGCUGAAGCUAGCAAAAAAUAUGAUGAGUAUGCUGCUAUUGCUGGCGAUGCUACUGACAAUGUUAAAAAAGAAGCGGGAAAGCAAUACGAAUUGGCAUCAGCAGAUGCAGCAAAGAGAUAUGAGGAAUAUAAGAAGUUGGCUGAUAAGAAAUAUCAGGGAUUGUCGAAGCUUGCUAAUAAGCAAUUUUCAGAAUAUUCCAAAUCUGCAAACAAAAAGGCUAAUGAAUUAUCAGUCGAAGCUGCUAAGCAAUAUGAAGAAGCAAUUAAAGUCGCCAAUGCCAAAUAUGACGAAUAUAGUAAGCUUGCUGGUAAGAAAUACGACGAAUGGUCUAAAGAAGCUUCAACAAAAGCUGAUGAUUGGUAUAAAGAAGCCGGUAAACAAUAUGAAGCUGCCGCUAAAGAUGCACUGGAGAAAUAUGCUAAGUAUUCAUCUGCUCUUGGUGCAUGGGCUAGUGAAGUGGGAGCCAAAGCCAAAGUGAAGUAUGAUAAGUACUCUGAUGAUUUAAGCAAACAAGCCUAUGAACAAUAUCAAGUUGCAUCAAAAGAAGCUUCUAAGAAGUACGAUGAGUUUUAUAAAUUGACCGGUAAGAAAUAUGAUGAAUAUUCAGAGGAAGCUUUGAAAGCAUUGGACAAAGCUUCUAAAGAAGCUGCAAAGCAAUAUGCUGCCGCUUCAAAAGAUGCGAGUAAAAAGUAUGAUGAGUAUUCGAAAUUAGCCGGGGACUUGGCCGUUGAAUAUGGACAAAAGGCCAGUGAAUUGGGUAAAGAUGCAGGAGAAAAGAUUCAAACUGCUUCAAAGGAAGCUUGGAAAUCAACUCAAGAUAACUAUGUCAAAUACACUCCAGUUUUCCAAGAUUGGUUAAAAAAUCAAUAUCGAUCAGUAUUGUAUCAUUUGGGUUUAUUCAACAAUAAGCUUUAUGAUGCUGCUGAAGUUGCUAAAGACGGCUUGGGUGACAAAUGGGAUAGCAUAGUCAAGACUUAUUCCAAUGCUGACUUGAAGUCAUAUUUACGAUCAUUUGGUUAUAAUUACAAUUGGUUGUCGAGUUUGAAUCGUAAAGAAUUGUUGACUUUGGCUGAAGCUCAAAAUAAAUUGUUCAAUGGGUAUAAAUCGUUGAAAUGGGAAAGACCAAUUAGUGAAGUAUUAGAAGAGAAAUUGGGGUUGAAGCGUCAUCCUGAGGGAAUAAUACAACAUGUUAAAGCAUGGUUAGGAUUCAAGUGGUAA